AUGCAAUCUAGCAAGUGGCCAGCGGAACCUAGCUUGCCGUCAAUACAAUCAAGGCAACCACAAGGACAUCUUAUAUCAUUUAUUAUAACUGAUGGAUGGGGCAAUAAUCAAGUUGAAAUUCGCAAUGCAAUGAUUCAAAAUGCCGAUGGCUCGAUCUCAGAAGUUCUUCUCACUGACAAAUGGUUCUUUAAUGCUGAAUCAUUUCCGGAUACUAUUAGUUUUGCCUUAAAAAGCACUGAACGUCCAGGAUUUAUUUUAUUUGGAAACGGAUAUGGCAAAUCAGGAGUUCGAUCAUUAACAGUUCUUUAUGACAAUGAGCAAAUCUGGAAAGGUGAUCUACCAAUGACAAACCCAAAUUCAGAAAAUUUCCCAAUUGCUGUUCCAAUUAAGUACAACGAAUUUCAAAAGCCAGAUAUUAAGUCAUUGCGUAGUGCUUCGCUGAAUUUCCAUCUUGAUUUAGAAACUUAA